GGCAGCGGGACCGGUCCGCGCCUGAGCAUGGAGAUGAAGCGCCAGGGAGGGCAUGUCCGGGGCGCCGGAGACGCCAGGCCCGAGUAGCUCCUCCAUGGAGCCUGCCCAGAGCGACCCCUGCUCGCCGGUUUCGCCCCCAGCCCUGUGCGGCUGCUGAGAGCGCUCCUUGCUCUGUAGAGUGGAUGUCAGGUGGAUCUAUGUUUUUGAAGGAACAAAGACUCAGCGAAAGCACCGCCGAGGAAGUUUGAGACGCGGGAGGAUGCAGGCUGCGUGCUGGUACGUGCUUCUCCUCCUGCAGCCCACCGUCUACUUGGUCACAUGUGCCAAUUUAACAAAUGGUGGAAAGUCAGAACUUCUAAAAUCAGGAAGCAGCAAAUCCACACUAAAGCACAUAUGGACAGAAAGCAGCAAAGACUUGUCUAUCAGCCGACUCCUGUCACAGACUUUUCGUGGCAAAGAAAAUGAUACAGAUUUAGACCUGCGCUAUGAUACCCCAGAACCUUAUUCUGAGCAAGACCUCUGGGACUGGCUGAGGAACUCCACAGACCUUCAAGAGCCUCGGCCCAGGGCCAAGCGAAGGCCCAUUGUUAAGACGGGCAAGUUUAAGAAAAUGUUUGGAUGGGGUGAUUUUCAUUCCAACAUCAAAACAGUGAAGCUAAACCUGUUGAUAACUGGGAAAAUUGUAGAUCACGGCAAUGGGACAUUCAGUGUUUAUUUCAGGCAUAAUUCCACUGGUCAAGGGAAUGUAUCUGUCAGCUUGGUGCCCCCUACAAAAAUAGUGGAAUUUGACUUGGCACAACAAACCGUGAUUGAUGCCAAAGAUUCCAAGUCCUUUAACUGUCGCAUUGAAUAUGAAAAGGUUGACAAGGCUACCAAGAACACACUCUGCAACUAUGAUCCUUCAAAAACCUGUUACCAGGAGCAGACCCAAAGUCAUGUAUCCUGGCUCUGCUCCAAGCCCUUUAAGGUGAUCUGUAUUUACAUUUCCUUUUAUAGUACAGAUUAUAAACUAGUACAGAAAGUGUGCCCCGACUACAACUACCACAGUGACACACCUUACUUCCCUUCCGGAUGAGGAUGAACGUGAGUGAGACUGAAGCCUAAGGAACUAAAGGUCAUAUGACAGGGCUGUUACCUCACAGAAGAAGGUCACAUCUGUUGCCUGGAAUGUGUCUACACUGCUGCUCUCGUCAACUGGCUGCAAAUACGCUAGUGGAAAACAAUCUGAUGUAAUUUCUGCCCAGUCAGCUUCAUCUCUCAGUAUAGUUGCAAAUCACCACAGAUUUUAAAUGCACACUUGAAGACAUGCUCUCACUCAUAGGUGUACACAAACACCCAUUCAUAUACAUUUCAGCUUGCAUCUGUCAUGAUUCCUGUCAAGAGGGCUUUCAUUGUCUGACUCGUAAUGGUUUAGGACAAACUGUCAUCAAGCAAAAGGAUUAACUAGACAGUGAAUGGUUUCUAACACUUGCUGUUAUGGAAAUCUCUUUUAAAGUCUUGAGUACAUGCUAAUCAAUAAUCCCCACUCAUGCAUUCCUACUGCUUGGAGUAGCUGUACUGGUAAAUACUACUGUAGGAGUAUAUGCUUGUUAAAAUGGAAAAAAAUGUGUCUUUAGAGCUCAGUAUUCUUUAUUUUAUGAACACAACAAAGUGUAGUAACUUUUUUCCAGCAUACAGUAGGCACAUUCAAGGUAAUAUAAGAUGGCUCUUUUUUCUCUGGAGGGAGCCUGUUUUCAGUAAAGAUGAGCAAACAUUUGGAAUUUACAUGUGGGCAGACAUUGGAUUACAGCUUUCAUCACCAGUCAUUGGACUUCCGCAAAGUUGAGACCAGCUAAGGCUGCUUAAAACAAGUUCUGAUCAUUAUAUAAGAAGGGAAAUGCCUGACAGACACCAUGUAAGUUAUAAGUGUCUGUCUUAUCUUUACUACACAUAUUGUAACAAAUUCAAUAUCCUAGUCUUCAUUUGUAUGAAUGGUUUGUAUUGUACAUAGUUUAACCAAGUGUUAUUUGAGCUGCUUAUUAAUAUUAACUUGUACUUGUCUCUGCUUGUUAUUGGUUAAAAAAGAAAAAAAAAGGAUAUGAGGAAUCCAUUUUAUCAAUGUAGCUGUGACCUCCAUUAAAAAGACAAACUUAAUGUACAAAGCAUUUAUUCAGCUCAAGUAUUGUUGAAAGCUAUACAUAUACAACAUUACAGUCUGUCUGUAUUUAGAUAUUUUA